AUGGACCCUGAGAGGCGUGCAAAUCGCGGACCGCUCGGUUGUGGGGGUGAUCCGGCCACCUGCCAAAAAGACGAGACGCGGCCUUGGCAGAGCCCGCUGGCUUGGCGUGCGGCAGCAGAAAGUGAUGAAUGA